AUGUUUGUCCGCCAUGUUGCCUGCCUGCUCCUCUCUCUCCUGUGCACCGGAGGGCCGCCGGCCCAGGCUGAGCUGGAGGCAGAGGAGGUGAUUCCCUGGCUGCUGUCCUUACAGGAGAUGGACAAGUUGCUGCCUUAUCAUGGACAUUCCAAACCAGACUACAUCAUCGUUUUACUGCCUGCAUUUGGACACAAUCUGUAUCUAAAUCUAACACGGGACGUUGCAGUUUUUCCAAAGAACAUUGUUGUGGAGGAGAGGUUCAGGAACCAAAGUGUGGUGGUCAAACAUUUAACUAUGAACCAACAUUGCUUUUACUCUGGCUUCAUCAUCAACCAGAUGGACUCUGUGGCAUCACUGAGCACCUGUGGUGGUUUGAAUGGACACAUUCAGAUGGGUCAGGACUUCUGGUUAAUCCAGCCAGUGGAUCAACAGAACCCAUCAACACCAUUUUCUGGACUGAAGCACCGCCUGGUUCCACACCAAAGCUGGGCCAAGACCAACUCUGGACAAAACACUGACCCUCCGGUUUACUGUGGACUUAUUCAAGAGAAACAAAAGAAGAAGAGCUCCAUCCACAAGAGUCGCAUGAAGAGAGACGUCCUGAACUUGGACCAAACAUACACUGUGGAGACUGUGGUGGUGGCAGACUCUGAUAUGGUGCAGUUCCAUGGAGCUGAAGGGGCUCAGAGGUUCCUGCUUACUGUCAUGAACAUGGUUAACAACCUGUUUCAGCAUAAGAGUCUGGGAGUCCGGAUCAACAUACAAGUUACUAAGCUGCUGCUGCUUCACAAGCGUCCUGAAAACUUGUUUGUGAGUCAUCAUGGACAAAGGUCUCUGGAAAGCUUCUGCCGCUGGCAGCAUCAGGAGUUAAGGGUGCCUCAGAACCUUGGGCCCAACCAGAUCACUGGUGGGAGGUUUGACAUUCCUUCAUCAGAUACUGCUGUGCUGGUCACCAGAACAGAUUUCUGUGUUCAUAAAAAUGAACCCUGUGAUACUGUUGGUGUUGCUUAUCUGGGUGGGAUUUGCAGCGCAAGGAGGAAUUGUGUGGUAGCAGAAGACAAUGGCUUAAGUUUGGCUUUCACUAUCGCUCACGAGUUGGGCCACAACAUGGGAAUGAAUCAUGAUGACCAUCAUACUAACUGCACAAGUCACUCACAUAUAAUGUCUGGUGAGUGGAUAAAAGGUAGAAACCCCAGCGAACUCUUCUGGUCAUCCUGCAGUCGCAGCGACGUGAAGAAAUUUCUCAGAUCUGAAGCCAGUAGCUGUCUUUGGCGCACAGACCCCAGAAACCCUCCCUGGGUCCCUCUGUCCUCCAAAAUGCCAGGGAUGCACUACAGUGUUGCUGAACAGUGCCAGAUCCUGUUUGGAACUAAUGCCACAUUCUGCUCUGAAAUGAAGGAUCAUAUGUGUGCUGGCCUGUGGUGUUUAGAAGCGGGAGAGACUUCCUGCAAGACGAAACUUGAUCCUCCUCUGGAAGGAACCGAGUGUGGAACAGAUAAGUGGUGCAGAGCAGGAGAAUGUGUCAGUAAGGCUCCCAUCCCUCAACAUGCGGACGGAGACUGGAGUUCAUGGAGUCAGUGGAGCAUGUGCAGUCGAACCUGUGGUACCGGGGUCCAGUUCAGACAGAGGAAAUGUGACAACCCACCGCCUGGUCCAGAUGGAAGACACUGUCCAGAGUCCAGUGUGGAGCAUAAGGCCUGUGAGGGCCACCCAUGUCCCAAAGGGGCCCCUGGAUUCAGAGACCUGCAGUGUUUUUCCUUAAACCGACAUGUUGGUGUGCUAACAGCUGUUAUUAAUGAAGAGAAGCCGUGUGUGUUGUUCUGCAGCCCACCAGGCCACCAUGUCCCGGUUCUGAUGGCUGACAAAGUCAUCGAUGGGACUCCUUGUGGCCCGUUUGAGUCGGGUCUGUGUGUUAACGGGAGCUGUAAGAACAUUGGGUGUGAUGGCAUUGUCGGCUCGUCAGCAGAGGAAGAUAUUUGUGGUGUUUGUAAUGGACAUGGACUCUCGUGUAAAAGAGUGAAAGGAGAGUUUAACUACACCAAGGGAAUUGGUUACGUUGAAGCUGUGGUUUUUCCAGCAGGAGCACAGAGGAUCAAAGUGGUGGAGGACAAACCUUCACAGAGUUUUCUGGCACUAAAGGACUCCAGCAGGUCGAUCAACGGGAACUGGAAAAUCGAACUUCCAGGAGACUUCCAAUUGGCCGGGACCACAGUCCGCUAUGUCAGACAGGGUCUGUGGGAGAAGAUUUCUGCUAAAGGACCUACUAAGACCCCCUUACACCUGAUGGUCCUGCUCUUCUAUGACCAGAGCUAUAGAAUCCAUUAUGAAUACACCAUGUCGCUGAACACGACUCAGCUCAGCAGCAGUCAAACACCCAGCAAACCAGAAUUUCUUUAUAUCUGGGCACACAGCAACUGGCAGGACUGUUCUGCACCAUGUGGACGAGGAGAGAGGAGAACAGUGGUUUCCUGUGUGAGGAUCAUCAACAAAACCAUGGAGGUUGUUAAUGACAGCAACUGUCAAUCUGAGACCCGUCCUCAGUCCAAAGUACAACUCUGUCACACUCAGCCCUGUCAGUACAGGUGGGUGACAGGGGAGUUAGGACCUUGUUCCGUGUCCUGUGGAAAAGGUUUUCAGCAGAGGGAGGUGUCGUGUGUUUACUCCCUCCAGAAUGGCUCCAUCAUGAACACCAAAGACCAGUUCUGUGGAGCAGGAAAACCUCCUGUACUCCAGGACUGUGAGAGGACCCCCUGCCAAAGCCUGUGGGAGACUUCAGAGUGGUCAAAGUGUCAAUCAGAAUGUAGGGAAGGUGCUCGCAGAAGGAAUGUGACGUGUGGAGAUCCUCAGGGUCUCUGUGAUCUGCUGUCCAAGCCACCUGAAGAGGAGCCCUGUGAGAAGUCCUCCAGAUGUUAUGAGUGGAAGUUUGGAGACUGGUCCAAGUGCUCAGCCACCUGUGGGAGGGGUCUGCAGUCCCGGGUGGUCCAGUGUAUGCAUAAAGAGACCGGUCGUCAUGGAGACAACUGUCCACUGACUCUGAGACCACCAAUAUACCGACCCUGUCAGCGACCCUGUUCUGAAACCAGGAACAUCAGAACUUCUGCUUACCAGGGUGUGAAGCUGGUGUGCUACUUCUGUAAACCUGUUCCUGGUGCCCUUGUUGAGGUACAACUUCUGUAG